UGGAGCAAAUCUUUGUACAAGUCUAAUCACUGAGCUCACAAGUGAGAAAGUCGGUGGGAUGUUGCGUAAACUGAAUGAAUCUCUUGUGAAGUUCAGCCCUUAAAGAGAUCUUUCACCUUGAGAAGCAUCGCAGGGCUCGAAGACGGGAGGAAGCAACAACUGAACAGCUGAGCUGAACAACAACUGAACAACAGCUCUGUGUCAAAACUUCAGGUCAUUUUUUUAUCUGAUGGUCCUUAACUAUACCCAGCAACGAAAACACAAGAGCAUUUUGACUCACGCUGGUAAAAUCAGAAUUGGCUACCUACAGCCACACCAGUUGUAGAACAGCACCCUGGUGCUUACUCUUCGAUUCUGACACUAAUCGAAAAUUGUGACAAGAAGCAUCAUCGUCACGUACUCUAUCUCCAUUAUCAAAGACAUUGAUAUGAACAUGUCAAAAUAUUAAUUCAAAUUCAAAAGGAGCGCAAACCAUCAAGCGCUGUAUUUACACAGACUACAGCUCUAUUAUUUUCAUUUGAACAGCCGUGCUUGAUCUGACGGAAGGCCGCUUUGUAGGGGAAAGGUGACUUGUACUCGUCGCAAACAAUCACAAUCAGAGAUAACCCAUCGCUCACACUUGGUGCUUAGAGUCAAGAAAAAGAACCUUGAUAUAGAAGGAGUAAUCCAUACUGCUGGAUACCUAACAGCCUCAUCGUAGGAACUAAGGAAGCGGUAAGACACCAGUUACUGCGAUAAGGUCGAGACGCUAAAACUUCUUUGCUUGUGUAGGAAAGUUCUUAAGGAUCCACAAGGCCCAAGGCCGUCAAACAUGGAUUACAACAACACAACACGCUCACCAAACGAAACUUCUCCUGAGAUAAACACAAAUUUUCCUGCUUCUGAUAAGCUCUCUCGAUUUCUCGUCGCUUCUCUGAUAAUCGUCAUCAUCAUUGGUAGUGUCUGUGGAAACCUGCUUGUGUGCUUGGCUAUUGGACUCAACAAACGCCUUCGAAAGACAACCAACUACUUCAUAUUCUCCUUGGCCAUCUCUGAUCUCUUGACUGCAUUGCUUUCCAUGCCUUUCGACGUGGAGGACAACUUUACGCACCUUGGGUGGAGAAAAGGUGAGUUCAUGUGCAACUUCAGGGUGUUUAUGUACCUCAUCGCCGCGCCAACUUCAUUACUGAACUUGAUGGCGGUCAGCCUAGACAGAUUUUUUGCCAUCAGCUGGCCGCUGAAAUAUUACACUGUGAUGAAGCCCAAAAUAGCCUUGCUGGUCAUAGCUAUGAUAUGGCUGUAUACCCUAACAUUCACAACCGUAGGAAUGGUUAGCUGGCCGUAUUCCGAGCGUAGUGUGACUAAUGGUCAAUGCCGUUUCAACAUUCACCCAUAUUACUCAGGGGUUAAUUCGGCUGUGAAUUUCAUUUUACCAGCGGUGAUAACGUGUGUGAUUUAUUUCAACAUUUACAUGAUUGCUCGUAAACAUGCUAAGCGAAUCGCCAAGCAAGAGGCGAGUCUCCCCCCAGUGUUGUCCUGCUCCAACGAAGACUCAGGAGUCAUGACAUCUGAGAAGAAACGCAUUUCAAAGAACAUAAAGGCGGCCAAGACUAUCGCCAUCAUUGUAUCCACUUUUCUGUUGUGCUGGAUGCCGCUGACUCUGACCUCGAUGAUCGGCGUGUUCUGCGGUAAAAAGUGUUUUUUUAGAGUCAAUCUGCAGCUGUGGAGGGUAUUCCUAGUGUUGGCCUACGCGAAUUCGGCGAUGAAUCCUAUUUUGUAUUCUUUCUUCAACAAAGAGUUCCGCGAAUCGUUUUUAAAGCUAUUUAAACUACAGUUUAGGUUUCGCUAGAGCUGCUUGCCUUGGUUAUGUAAAUAUCGUUAGGAGCGAUUUUAUCGCAGGAAAGAAAGGAAAUAUUAACCAUCAGCUAGCCCACUCUUAAGAAUCAGCGGUAAAAAAGCAGUUUUCAGCCCCGCCCCAUUAUUAGAUGUGCAGUUCAUCACUAAAAAUUCGCCAAGUUAUUUAAGCUAAGAGGUGCAUGGUAAACAAAUUGGAGGAAACAAUAUUUACAAUAAGUAAGCGGAAGAGUAAAAUAAAUAACAAAGUUAUUAAGACUGAAGAGGAGGUCACGAUAUGUGAAAGAGUGAGACAGCACACUCGUUACUUCCGGUGAAGAUCGAAAAAAGAGAACAGAGGUCUUGUUAAAAGACCACUUUUGGUGCUGAAAAUACACUCUACAUGGUUAAGUUGCCGUUAUCUAGAUUAACAACACUUGUUUAAUUUAAAUAUGUUAAAAUGUAAAUUAAUGGACUUCAGAAAUCAAUCCCGCGGUCUGUUUGAUAAACAUUAUCAUAAAGGGCCCUUAGCGAGAUCACGAAGUCCAUGAAAUAGAAAGCGAUGACCCUUGGUAUCAAAUAAACAGGGCAAACAGCAAGUCAUAACUAAAAUUUUGAAGAUAUUGGAAAUCUGCGCAAGUUGUCAAGGGCUUGUUUUCGAGGAAAUGAAAUUUAUAAACGUCACAAAACAUUUCAAACCGGAAAGUACAAUCGGGCCAGGUUAUAAUCAUAAGGCUUUCCUGUUAUCAAAAGGAAAUUUUUGUGUCCCAGUCAUUUCCGUUCUAUUAAGAGUCACAAACGUUAACAAUUGUGUGGAUUCCCGACGAGUUAUUUUGGCUACAACUUUGCCUCACAACCACGAACACACAAGAGAAAUUACACUUAAGAUGUGUUAUGUUGAAUCUUUCAGUUAUAAACCACUUUCAUUUAGACUUUUACUCGUUUUAAUUACAUUGCACGCGUCUUCAUGUAACUUGCUAAGGUUUAGUCUUACUGCAUUACCAACAAUGAAAGGCGGAACAUCAUACAAUCGAACCUGUAUUAAAUGGUCGGUUGUCGAGUCUCGAAUUUAUUUCCUAUUAAUCACUGCAAUCUGGACCUUUGUUAAGCGGUCACCUUUAUUUAGCGAUCGUGGUCACCUUUGGGCAAUUCCCAACGGCCUAAUAUUGUAUUAUCGAGCAGAAAAACUCAAAUAAAACUAAGAAUAAUCUUUCAAGUAAAA